UUUUCUUUUCUUCCUCUCUCCUCAAUCUAAACACAAAUGGUUUGUAUUACAAACGGGUGCAGUAGUACAGUCAUAUAUUCAUCAAUCACCCCAAGUUGAUUCUUGGCAUUCAAAGUAUAAAUGACUGGGAUCAACAGAGCCUGAGCUUAUAUUAUGGCUCCUACCUGGACUGUAUAUUGUUUAACAAUUUUCUUUAUCACAAAGCAGUACAGCAGGACAUUCCCUAUCAUGUUUGUGUUGGCCAUUGCUUUUGUGCUUUACCCUAAACCCUAAAACCAUAAAUUUUAUUCCAUCUGAUUCAAAUUUGAGAGUUUCCAAGAGAAAUUUAAAGUUGUAAGCAUUCAAGUGUUUCUGGAAACUCUUUAUAUGAAACAAUUGUUAAGUGUGAUAAUAGACUUCUUCUGUCACACACACAUACAGAUAUAUAUAUAUAUAUAUAUAUAUUAACAAAAAUUUUCCCAUAUUUGUAAAUUGAAGGACCAAUAUUUAGGUCCAACUAGGUUUUGGUAAUUAGUCCACAUGGUGCAAUGCAACACAAAAGCGAUUAGAUGCUUCUGCUCUGCCCUCCUCUUGUUUAAACUCAUGUCAAAGUGAUUCAAUCAUUAAUACAACAAACAUCCUUUGGCUUUAUGGUUAUAAUGCACACUGCUAGAAGAGUUGUUCUACUUUCCAUCAAACACUCCCUUCAAUGGGUCCAAAACUACUCUACCGGGACAAAGAUGCCCUUAACCCACCUAUACAAAGGAGCAAAAGGCCCCGCCAUAUUAGCCACAAAUGUCAUCAAAUCAUUCUUUGAAAAGGGCUUGAUCAAUGACGCACGUGUUCUGUUCGAUGAAAUGCCUGAAAGAGACGUGGUUAUGUGGACGGCCAUGAUUGCUGGCUACACUUCAUGCGACCAUCAUGUCCAUGCGUGGACUGUGUUCUGUGAGAUGGUAAAUAGGGGGGUGAAGCCCAAUGCUUUUACUUUAUCUAAUGUGUUAAAGGCUUGCAAAUCCGUGCAAUGUCUUGCAUAUGGAGGUUUGGUUCAUGGGAUGGCUAUAAAACGUGGCUUAGAGGGUUCUUUGUACGUUGAUAAUGCACUUAUGGCAAUGUACGCUACUUGUUGUGUUAGCAUAGAGGAUGCAUGCUCUGUUUUUAGAGAUAUGAAAGUGAAAAAUGUGGUGACUUGGACUACUUUGAUCACUGGGUAUACUCAUAGAGGCGAUGGCUAUGGUGGACUUCAAGUCUUUAGAGAAAUGUUACUGGAGGAAGCAGAGUUAAAUCCUUAUAGUUUUUCAAUUGCCGUUAGAGCUUGUGCUAUGAUAGGCUCACAUACUUUUGGCAGGCAAAUACAUGCGGCCAUCAUUAAAAACGGGCUUGGGUCUAAUCUCCCUGUAAUGAAUUCUAUACUAGACAUGUAUUGUAGGUGUGGUUUUUUAUCUGAGGCAAAUGGAUACUUCCAUGAGAUGACUGAAAAAAACCUGAUCACAUGGAACACCUUGAUAGCUGGUCAUGAAAGACUAGAUUCUAAAGAGUCCUUGAAUGUGUUCUCUCAAAUGGAGUCAGAGGGUUUUAGUCCAAAUUGUUUCACAUUUACCAGUAUUACUGCUGCCUGUGCAAAUUUAGCAGUUUUGAAUUGCGGGCUACAGGUUCAUGGAGGCAUUUUUCGCAGGGGCCUCCAGAAGAAUGUGGUGUUGGCUAAUGCCCUAAUUGACAUGUACGCCAAGUGUGGAAGCAUAGCUGACUCACGCAAAAUUUUUAGUGAAAUGUAUGAUAGAAAUUUGGUCUCUUGGACUUCUAUGAUGAUUGGUUAUGGGGCACAUGGUUAUGGGAAAGAGGCUGUUGAGUUGUUUGAUGAGAUGGUCAGGUCUGGAAUUAGACCUGACAGGAUAGUGUUUAUGGCAGUUCUGAGUGCUUGCAGCCAUGCUGGACUUAUAGAUGAAGGCUUAAGGUGUUUUGAAUCAAUGAGUAAUUAUAACGUCACCCCUGAUCAGGAGAUUUAUGGGUGUGUAGUUGAUUUGCUAGGCCGUGCUGGGAGAGUUGAGGAGGCUUAUCAACUGAUAGAGAGCAUGCCAUUUAAGCCUAAUGAAUCUGUAUGGGGUGCACUUCUUGGUGCUUGUAAGGCACAUAAGCUCCCAAAUUUGGGAAAAUUAGCAGCUUUGAAGGUGUUGGAUUUGAGGCCAAAUAAGGUGGGGGCUUAUAUGAUUUUGUCAAAUAUAUUUGCUGCUGAGGGUAAUUGGGGGGAAUUUGCAAGAACGAGAAAGUUGAUGAGAAGAACCGGGAGUAGAAAAGAGCCAGGAAGGAGUUGGAUUGAGGUAAGAAACCGGGUUUACAGCUUUGUUGUUGGUGGUAAGGUUGGGUCUAACACAGAGUGGGUGUAUGAGGUUUUAGAGUUGCUUAUUCUACAUAUGAAAGCAGGAUAUAGGCCUGAUUUAGAUUGUGUGAUACAUGAUCUAGAAGAUGGGACUUGAAUAGGAGAAGCAGAAGCUGAACAAAACCAGAAGAGUUUGUUAUCUAUGUAAAUGGACUGAAUUCCUGAACAUAAUCUGGUUCCAAAUGAGCAGAGCCCUAAGUUGGGUAGAAAUGGAAGCUUAGAAAAUUUUCCUUUAGAGCAGGAGUCUUUCUGGAGAAGAGGGCCAUUUUUGGUGAGCCUAAAGCCAGUAGAUGGAAAAGAAGAAGUUACUGUUGAAAGGAGAACGCAGCCUGUACUUUCUUCCCUUGAAAUCAAUUUUUCAACAAAUUGCUUAGGGAAUCAGUUUGUUUCAUCUUGUAUAAUCUUUCAUUUUGAUACAAACUCCUCUUCAUUUGUUACUUCUUGCGUAUA